GACACGCACGGACCGAAUUAAACAGACGCGGCUGCGCGUAAUCGAAACAUUCCGGUCGCUUCCCGAGUGAGCACAAGAACCGAAUCCGUCCCGGAUCCACAGCGUGUUUCUCAGCCCAGAUGAAGUUCCGCGGCAAAAUCGUGGACGUCGCGUGUCUCAACCACUUUAGCCGAGUCGUCACCACCAUCUCAAAGCUGACAAAGACGUGUGUGCUGCGACUGACGCCCGACAACCUGUUCUUCGUUCUCUCCGGUAAAGUGGCCAAUGGAGGCGUCAGCAUGUGGUGCGAACUGUCGCAGGCCAACUUCUUUGAUGAGUACCAGAUGGAAGGAGUUUCCUCUGAAGACAAUGAGAUUUGUCUGGAAGUGUCUCCAGAGAAUAUGUCCCGAGCCCUGAAGACGGUGCAGAACGCCAAGGCCGUCAAAGUGAAGCUGACCAAGAAACACUGUCCCUGCCUGAGCAUUGCUGCAGAGCUGCCAACUCUGUCCAGCAUCGGGAGAAUCGUGAAUCACGACGUCCCGGUCGACGUCAUCCCCCGGAGACUGUGGCACGAAUUCAAAGAACCGACCAUGCCGGACUUUGAUGUCAGUAUCUACCUGCCUCCUCUGAAGACCAUGAAGAACGUGGUGGACAGGAUGAAGAACCUUUCUAACUUCCUGGUGAUGGAGGCCUUCCUGAACGGACAGAUGAAUCUAAAGAUUGAAACAGAUCUGGUUUCUGUCACCACACACUUCAAAGACCUGGGAAAUCCUCCGUGGGGUGAGGACGGCUCACAGAGGACAUCUCAGAGAUGCAGAGAUGCAGACGCCAUGGCUGAGGCAAGGGUGGACAUCAGGAGGCUGCAGCAGUUCCUUGUGGGACAACAGGUCAACCCCAGCAAGGCCAUGUGCAACAUCGUCCAUCAGCAGGUCGUCCACCUGAUUGUGCUGCAUGAGGACGUGUCGCUGCAGUAUUUCAUCCCCGCUGUGGCAUAGAGAAGCUCUGACUGUCCUCUGCUCUUUAAAGACUCUAAAGAGUUUCCUCUCGUCCGCGUUCACGUAGGAAACAGAAAGACAGUGCGACCUCUGACUCUGGAUUCUGGCUGUGAGUGUGAGGACCACGAUGAGGACAAAGCGUCCCUCUU